CUUUUUGAGACACUAGCAGUUUCUAUUGCAUCGCGCUCACUAAACUGAAAACAUUGACAUGGGUUCUUCUGAAGUGAAACCUGGAAAAUGAAAUGCACAUGUAUGUAUUGUUUUUAUGCCACAUAAAAUGCCUGGGAAUGAAACUGAUGUGUGCUGCACCUGAACGUUUGUGUGAGGUUAAGAGCAGAGGGAUAUCCCAGUAUGGAGUAUGAAUAGGAGGCGACACGCAAACUGCCUGUGGAAGAACAGUUGCACCAGCUCAGUAAAGCUCACUUAAAAACAACCCACUGUGCGUUGGCACAGACACCUAUAAAUGCAUUCAGGCCAACUUUCUCGAAACAUGAGUGUGGAAUCAGUUCUGGCGAGUGUUCGCCUGGUGUGUCGGGGUCGGCGGGGCUGCACUACUUCACCUAACCCUCAGCCCCUCAGCUCUGAAGGCAGGGCUGCUGCCGCUGGGCCUCCGGGCCUCGCUGCCCCUCUCGGGGCCAGGGCGGGCACCGGGACUUUUCCACCCUCACCCCGCCGCCGCUGGAGCCCCGCCAGCCGGGGCCGGGCCAACGUUUCCUCGCUGCCCGCCAACAAACGGAGGAUGCCGAGGUCAAGCCCGGCUCUCGACACGCUUCCUCCGGCGGCCCGCGGGGGAGGGCCGUGGGCGCGGGGUGGGCCAGGCCGAGCCGGGCAGAGCGGAGCUCCGCCAGAGCCGCCGGGGCAUCCCUCGCCCCUCAACCCGCCGCGACGAUGAGGCGGGCCGGGCCCUGCUGCCUGCUCCUGGCCGCGGCCUGCGCCCUGGGGCGGCCCCAGCCGCCCGCCGCCGUGCGCUGCCAGGCGGCCGGCGCCUGCUUCAGCGCCCACCUCGCCAACGCCUCGUACGGCGAGGCCCGGAGCGCCUGCGGCCGCCGACGGGGCCGCCUGGCCUGGGUGGGCGGCGAGCCGGAGCUGCGGCUGCUGCUGGCGCUGCUGCCGGAGGUGGCGGCGGGGCCCGCGCUCUUCUGGGUCGGGCUGAAGAGGAACGCGUCCGCCUGCACCGACGUGGGGCAGCCGCUCCGCGGCUUCUCCUGGGAGGACUCCACCGACGGGGCGGCCCCGCGGGAGGUGCCGGCGGCGCUCGGCCGCUGGGUGAAGGAGCCCGUGCGGAGCUGCGUCUCCGCCCGCUGCGCCGGGCUGCGCCUGGCGGCGGCCGCCACCGCCGACCCAGGCUGGGGAUGGCAGGAGCAGAACUGCCAGCGGCAGAGCCAGGGCUACGCCUGCAGGUACGAGGACGAGGGCGCCUGCCCCGACCUCCGCCCCACCACCGCCCUAGGCCUCGACUACCGCCUGCCCUUCGCCGAGCGCAGCGCCGCCCCCGGCUUCAGCCCGCCGGGCACCGUGCUCUCCGUGGCGUGCCCCGGUGGCGAGGUGCGGCUCUCCUGCCAGCUCGAGCCGGGCGGCUUCGCCUGGAAGGGCACGGACGAGCCUGUCUGCCCCUGCCCCUUCGGCUACCUGCGGCCCGGCACCGGGCAGUGCGCCCCGGCCGCCGAGUGCCGCGAUGCCAGCGGCGGCCUCGCCUGUGACUGCGCCCCGGGCGGGCGGGACGGGGCGCCCUGCGCGGCCCCGGGGGCGGCCCCCACAGCCGCGGGCGGCAGCCGCCUCUCCGCUCCGGGCCCCGGCGGCUCCCCGGGGCCCCCCGCCACGCCGCCCGCCGGCCGGGAGCAGCCGGCGGCCCCUCCGCCUUCCUCCACCUCGUCCACCUCCUCCUCCUCCUCCUCCAACUACGUCUUCAUCCUGGUGACGGUGGCGGUGGUGGUGCUGGUGAUCUUGGUCAUGACCGUCCUGGGGGUCUUCAAGCUGUGCUUCAACAAGAAGCCGGAGGCCGGCGGGGACAAGGAGCCGGCGGCGGGCGGCAGCAAGGCGGAGGCGGGCGCCGCGGAGACGCGAGAGGCAGCGGGCGGCGAGUACGGGCGGCAGGGACCGAGCCCUGCCCCGCUCUUACCCCGCUCCCUGUCGCUCCCUGUCGGUCUCUGCCACACGCCACCCGCGGGCCCGGCCUCCAAAAUCACCGCUCACCGGCAGCCGCAGCCGGCUGCGGGUUUCCCUUUUCCCCAAAAAACUUCCCCGGGGGCCUUGCUGCGAGCAGCUGAGAAGUGGACGCUUUGGACCACUCCGUGCCUUGAGAUUUAGACGUCGUUCCUCGACCGGAGGCUCUCCUUUUCGUGCUCAUUGCUGGGACGUUUGGGGAUGUGAACCGCCGUAAUUUCGGAGGAAACUGUGACCCAUACUCUUUCAGACUGAUAUUCUUAUAAACGAAGAGCAUUUCUAUAUCUUUAAGGUCACUAAGUUGCUAAGGAAGGGGGAGGUUAAUGGGGGUUCAGUUUUAUAUUUCAGCUGAUGGAAAGAAUAAAGGAUUAUUUAAAGCCUAAA